AUGUCGAUUUACGACAAAUGUACAGUUCUCAAUGAGUUCCUUGUGGUAUCUUCCCAUAAAGAGUGCUCAAGGAUAGCAGAGCCGAACAGGUCGAGGGAGACGAGGAAGUCGAUGAAACACAGCUUGCUAUGGUUCGAAUCUAAACUGGAUGAGAGCGGCCAUUUCGAGAUCGUCCAGAACAUACGCUUUUUUAUCUUUGGGCUUUUGUUAAAAGAGAAAGACGAGGAGGGAGGAAAGGAAAAGAAGAAUGAGGAAGAAAUUGACGAUGCCGGCAGUAAAGUCCAUAAAUGGUCCCGGCUAGUUACUAGGGCUGAUGCCAAAGCCCGCUGGAUUGUCCAGAGAGAGAUAUACCUCAAAGAGGAGAUCCAUGCCCUCCGCAAGUCCCUAUCCCUCACUGACGAAGAAGACAAUCCAGGAAAAGAAAGCAAAUCACGACUCAAUAAUUACGAGCAAGAACUCGCACGCUUGGAUGAUGACUACUGCGCCCAUAAGCAGCACACCUGGCUCUUGAAGAGCGGCUGUCCAAUGAAUGUCAUUGAAAGAGCCUUUGGAGCACGCUGCAAGAACCCAGACUGGUAUCUCUCUGAGUGGCUCUGCCAGGACUGUGCUGGACGCGGUGGCUGCUGUGGGAGAGACUGUGGGUUCUGUGAAAAGGCCAGAGAUACACAGCGGGGAUGGUCUCAGGGAGGUUAA